CCUACUAAGUAGGCUUCGUCGGAACCGAGCACAUCUCUCCAGUCGCAGUUAUGGCGGAGCCUUCGGCUCGAGGAGAUGAUGGCGAUUGGCAGGAUUUUAACGAAUUCAAGAGUGGAACGGGACGGAAUAUUCACAUGGAGCGGGUUCGUGUGAACGCUGAAGAGAUGUCGCUGCUGCUGGAUGGGGUUUCUUUCCCAGAGCACGCGUUUGAGACCAGCCCUUACACGGAGGACAUGAUCACACACUUCGAGGAGAAGUUACAGUUAUGCUUCCAAAACCUAAACCCUAAACCAGACGCGAUAAAUCCAGUGACGCCGAUAAAUGAGGAUACGACCCUGAGAUGCGAUGAGAUCUGGAAGGCUCUCACAGAUAACUACGGCAGUGUCAUGCCUGUGGACUGGAGUCAGUCUAAAGCUCGCUCGCUUCACCUCUCAGCGCUGAGCAUUGAGGACAGACCGCGGAUGGAGAGUGUGAACCUGGACCUGUCUGAUGAUGAGGACCUGAGGGAGCAGAUGGACACGCACUCCAUCAUCGUGUCCUGCAUCAGCGAGGAACCGCUGCUCACUGCUGAACAGGUGAUUGAGGAGCUCGAGGAGCUCAUGCAGGACUCCCCGGAGCUGGAAUCAGAGCGGAUGGCUCCACACUCAGAGCUCUCGCUCGUCUCUCAGAGGUCUCACAGCAGCCAGAUGGACGAGGAGCGUGAGUACGUCCCUCUGGAGGUCCGGUGCAGGGCUGUGGAGGCGUGUCUGAGGUGUGCUCUCUGUGCAGGAGCGAGGCUGAUGUCUGCGCUGGAGCUGAACGACGAGCUGGAGGACGUGGAGACGGCCAUACGCAGGUAUUCAGAGGAGCUCAUCCAGCAGCUGGCCAUCAGAGAUGAGCUGGAGUUUGAGAAGGAGGUGAAGAACAGCUUCAUCUCAGUACUCACAGACGUACAAAACCGGCAGAAGCUCCACCGAGAGAUGCUGAGGAAGAAGAGGAAAGUGAAGAACGCGUCUGGAUCAGAGAGACUGCCCUCUUCUCGCUUCAGCAUGGAGGGAAUCUCGUCUGCCAUUCAGAAUGGCUUUCGCCACACUUUUGGCAGUGUGGGCGGGGAGAAACAGUACGUAACAACAGUCAUCCCUUACGAGAGAAAAGACGGACCGCCGUCACUCCAAGACCUUCAGAUCUUUACCAAAAUUUUAGAAGCCAUGAGAGAUGAGAGCGAUAAAGUCCCAAGCCUCCUCACAGACUACAUCCUCAAAGUGCUCUGCCCCACGUAGAGAGAGGCUCGUCUCUGCAGCGUCCCUGGAGGGAGUUACUCACUGUGUUCCUCAGAUUUUACCUUCUUCUCACUGCAUGAUGUGUGUUCGACUUCAGUUCUUCUGUACUGAUGUGAUGGUCUGUACUGUGCCUGUUUUCCCGCACAUGGCAGUUUGCAGUAUUCAGUGUUUGUGUGACUGGAGGAAAAAUCCAGAUCUGGACUGUAGGACUCGUCUCAGUGUAAAUGUCCACCUUAUUUUGCAGCUUAGAAAGGUCAUUUCUGUGAAUGUGUGAGACUUCUGAUCCAUUAGCUGCUGCAGGUAAAUACAGUAUAUACAAGAAAAACAACAUGCAAGAAACAGUAAAACUAUUUGCACUAUAAUCCACUGUGUUUAAGACUGUGAUAAUAAAAUAAUAUGAUAACAAAUACCAGUUUGAAAUAUCAAGCAGCAAACUAGACUGCUGUAAGGGCUAGAAGAGCAGGACAUGAAUGACACCGGAAGCCUCACACAUUCAAGUUAUAAACAGCUGCAUCCGUUCCUACAGUAAAAAUGAGGUGGACAGUAUUAACGUACUAAUGCAGCGCGAGUCCCGUCUGAGAGAGAUGUGGCUUGUAUGAUCUAAAACAGUGGUUCUCAACUGGUGGGUCACAAUAUUUAUCUGCAGGCCUGUUCUAAUAAAUAAUUAAUAAUAAUUAUAGUAUAAAUCAAUAAAAAGUCAUUAAAAUAGCAUACAAAUAAUGUAACUUAGACACACUAUAUGUGACACUUUUGCUCAUAUCAUAUUAAUAAUUUGACAUAUUUUGUGUGUGUGUGUGUGUGUGUCAGAUCUUCUCUCUUACCGUGUCUUGAACAUGAAAGCAUGAAAAAAUUGAAUAUGUGAAUUCUGGGUCUAAUUCAAGUUGGGAAGGAAUCAAUAUGAACUAUUUGCAAAUAAUAUUUAAAACACAUGCACUAUAAUUUGUUGAAAACACGACGUUUCUCGUCUCGUCACAUUCAGUUAGGAAGUACGUUAAUCUUGUAAAUGAUACCGUAUUUUCAAUUCAAAAUGGCCAUAUUUACAAAAACAGAGUUGAGCAGUUUGUAUCCCUGGAUAUUACUGUUGUUUAACAUUUCUAUCGUAAAACAUUUCAAAUAUUGAAUGUUCGGUACCUCUCUGCUUUUGUGAACCGUUAAGCUCCGCCUACUUUGAUUUGAUUGGCCAUCGCAGUCAUUUGAAAACAUUUUGUCAUCCUAACAACAAACAGAGCACUGUGUAACGGAGAGCAGCAGAUCAGUGCAAGAGUUUACAACAUUAGGGGGACAGUUUGGCCAUUUCUAAUCACUGGGGAGGACUUGUCCCUCUUACUGUCUUUGGUGGUUACCGUCCUGGUCCUGAUGCAAACCCAGAUGAGAACCGCUGAUGUAAAGCAUGCUGUAUUACUGUUCCAAUCCUACGGAUUGAUUAGUUGUCCUGUAACAUGUGCACUUACUGUUCUUUUAAACGUGUGCUGUUUUGCUCAGACUGACUGAACUCCAGCGAGUGAAUCAGCUGAUAAUGCCUUACAUAACUAAACAUCUAUUCACUCGCCUCCAGCUGAGCGUUACUCCAGUGCUUCUGCUGUUACGGUUGUGUGUUUGAAUCUAUGCACUGUGUGAAACAGACAGAUCGGAGCGUAUCUUCUUGACUUGAGACACAUUGAGCCUUAAACAAAUGAAUAAAUCUACAUGCUGGUGA